UAUUCCUGCUCGCGACAUCGCUCGGAAAGCGUCGUCGGUUUCGUCGCUCUCUUCCGUCCGCGCUUUUCUUACUCCCACCGCAACCCCAUAGAACGCGAGCAAUAGAAUCCCGAAACCCUAACCCCUCGUCCGCGUCUCCUCCGUGUCUCUGCCUCAUGAGGAAUCGAAGACAUCCUUGCCCUCAGAAAUAAACCGGAACAGAUUCCGGGGCUCGGAGCACUUUCAACGCCUGGGUAGCUUCCCCCAUCAGAUCUACGCUUGGGUACUGAACUGAUCUUGCUCUGGUUACAUGCUCAAGUCUCUUACUUGAUGACUAAUGAAAUACCUCAAAGGUGCCAAUUUUCCUUUUACAUGCUUGUUCCUGCUGCAGGAGUUGUUGCUGCUUCACUAUUGUUUGAUGACAAUAUUGGCUAAUAAGUAUCAUAUGUUGUUCUGUAACUUGAGCUAUUACUGAGCACCUCGCAUUAGCUUCAAGUUCUGCAGAAUGGACCGCCAUGAUACAUCUGGUUUUGUUAGUGGAGGCUGCAAGCUUUCACUCAAGUAUUUCUGAUUUAGUAUUGUUUUGUUAAAUUGAGUCUUGGAAGACAGGCUAACUGGUUUCUAUCCCAUCAAGUUUAUUGAUAGAGAGGUCCUCUCAAGAUAGCAGUAAUUGACAAGAGCAUUCUGAUGGAUUUUGCUGUUGAUCUCCCCUCUUUAAGUAAAUUUGGCUUUUGGAGUUCUAUGCAAUCAGGAGGUAUCAAAUUACCUCUGGAUUCACAUCCCAGUCUGCAUAAUUCCAACAUAAAAGGGACAAAAAGGAAGUGGAAUGACAAUACUGGAGUUGAAGGUUCAGAAAAUCCAUUACUUGCACUGGGUUUGGGUCAGUCACCAAGUUCCUCAGUGGUCAGCAAGAUGAGCUCAGCAGGUCUUUCCACCACAUCUUCAGUGAAGGAAACUGACGAGGAAUCCCCUGCAAACCCAGAAUUUAGUUUCAAGCUGCAUAUUGGCAAUGGUUACAAGCUCAGUUAUAACAAGUCAUCAGUUGGUACUCUGAAGGCUCCUCAUACUGUUGAUAUGCUCAAUUUGCAGCUAAGUCUAUCAACAGGGUCUUCUGAGUCUGCUCUAAUAGAUGUCAACACAAUUGCAGGCCAACAUCUUUAUAGUUUUGAGUCUUCUGUGAUUGCAAGUCCGGUGCAGAUUAGUGAGGAAGAAGGAUCAGCAUCAUCUUGCUGGAUAUUUGGGAAGUGUCUUGUUCAACCUUGCGUGCCCAACCCAGAAACAGGUAGCAGUAACUUUCCUCCCCAAAAGAGAAUGCAUACUGAAGCUGAUCCUAUUGCAGUUCUUCCAGACUUCCCAUCAACCAUGACACAAAUGUCGAAAAACCCAGUUGCCUGCUCUUCCGGGAUUUCUGAUUCCCAUAAACGCAACAACAGGACAAAGUACUGUCAGUUCCAUGGAUGUACGAAAGGAGCAAGAGGUGCUUCCAGUUUAUGUAUAGCUCAUGGUGGGGGACGGAGGUGCCAGCGACCCGAGUGCCAAAAGGGAGCUGAGGGCAGGACAAUCUAUUGCAAAGCGCAUGGCGGCGGUCGCCGAUGCCAACACCUUGGCUGCACGAAGAGUGCUGAAGGUCGCACCGAUUACUGCAUUGCCCAUGGUGGCGGUCGGCGCUGCAGCCACCUGAGUUGCACUCGUGCAGCAAGAGGGAAGUCGGGUUUAUGCAUCAGGCAUGGCGGUGGCAAGAGGUGCCAAAUCAAGAAUUGCACGAAGAGCGCAGAAGGUUCCUCGGGCUUGUGCAUAUCUCAUGGUGGUGGCAGGCGUUGCCAUUUCCAUGGAUGUACAAAGGGUGCUCAAGGUAGCACAUUGUUCUGUAAGGCGCAUGGUGGAGGGAAGAGGUGUACAGUUGUGCGGUGUACAAAAGGGGCCGAGGGAAGCACUCCCUUCUGCAAGGGACAUGGUGGGGGGAAGCGGUGCUCGUUUCAGGGUGGAGGUGUGUGCCCAAAGAGUGUGCAUGGGGGAACCUCGUUCUGUGUGGCACAUGGUGGUGGAAAGAGGUGUGCUGUCGCCGGGUGCCCCAAAAGUGCUAGAGGGCGGACUAGUUUCUGUGUCCGCCAUGGUGGGGGCAAACGGUGCAAGUUCGAAGGAUGUGGGAAGAGCGCACAGGGGAGCACCGAUUUUUGUAAAGUGCAUGGGGGAGGCAAACGAUGCACAUGGAGUCAACUGGGCUCAAAAUUUGAUGUUGGCGAGACGCUUUGUGAUAAGUAUGCUAGGGGCAAGACUGGUCUCUGUGCUGCACACAGCGCCCUGGUGCAGGACCACUGUGUUCAUGGUGGGGGAAUGCUUGGACCACCUACCACACAGUAUCCAGUGCCUGUUAAACUUGAGAAGAUGAAUGACGUUGCUGCUGAAGAAGAGACCUUUACAAAGCUGGAGUUGAAGAAAGUAGUGCAUUCUGCGCUACAGCAGUCCGGGUCUUCUGGUCCAGAGGUCUGGGUGCGUGGAGGGGGUUUGGUUGGGAUGAUCGCAAGUAGUUCAGGCUUUUGGGAUUAACACGGGAGAUCAGGGAACUGCAGUUACUUCAGAUUCGGUUUCGGGCGCCCCACGCACUGCAGCCUUCCUGCGGAUGUAAUGGCAAGGGAGUAGUAACUCAUGGUUUGACUUGAUAUAUUGAUACGUGUUAGCGGUACUUGUUUGUGUGUUGUGUGUGAGGAUUUGCUAUUUAUGUGGAACCCAUGUAAGAUCUGGACAUCCUUCCUUUGUUCAGAGAGACGAGGGGAAAAUGUAUAGCUGAACGUCGGUAGUGUUGCUACCCUUUUUGUUGUGAUCAUAGUGAACAUUCAAUUUUUCUUCUAUACAUGAUGCUUACUGCAUGAAAUUGUACUAAGGUUCUACUUCGACACCCUUUAAGCAUCACUCUUGCUU